CUGUUAAGUCCUACAUAAGAGACCCGUCCCAGUUACAAGCUUCCGAUUAGUAGAUGUUCUUCAUUAUACACAAGUGUCUUCUUCACACCAAGGCCUCCAAGUACAAGUCAUGGAGUUGAGGGUUUAGCCAGGAGUGUUAGUCCCUUCAGAAUAUCCGGAAAGAUGCACAAGACUACCACAAGUCUGUUUUAGGGCUGUGGAGGAGAUAAAAUACAUGAAUUAUUAGUAAAAAUAUUGUGGAUAAUGUGCAUAGAAAACAUAGUACAAUGUUCACAACCUUCAGAUUUACCAGACAUAUGUGUGGAUUACUUAUGAUCAAAAUCCGGAUAUUUGUGAACAUAAAUCCGGAUGAUUGGUGAGGAGGACAGACUGAGCAGCUGAUGUGAACACCUCAUCUGGGUGUUGGGUCACAGACUAAGCCAUUACAGGUCACCAAGAGUUAUUAACAACAUGUCUGUGGUGGAGAGAAUGGUGGUGACCCAUGAGAGUGACACACUGACGGUAGGAUUAGCUUUUAGGUAUAAAGAUGAAAACCGAAGUAUUGAUAGACGUUUUAACCUGAAGCGGUCCACAGAAGACCUGUUAACAAAUACCUUAACCAGGAUUAGUGUGAAUAUCCUAAAAUCUCUAAUAAAGAAGAAAAAGAAGAAUUAUGUUGAUGUUGGUGAACUCUCAGUCAGGAUGGUACAAGUGGAUGAGGAAGGAGAUGCAAGAGGUGAUAUGACAUGCUAUGAUUCAUUUAUUGUUAACUCAGAGAAACAUAAUUUAGUUAUAGGUAACACCCGGUAUAUAAUUGAUGUUAACCCACCUAUUGUUAAAUCUGUAGACCUAUCUAAAAAUUUUAUGGCUGGAUAUGCUGUCUAUCCCAACAAAUUUGAGGUGAUGUUUGCAGAGAAGGAAAUGUGUAUAUUGAGGUGGUAUAAAAGUGAUAUAAAGUUUGAAAGUGAUAAAAUUGCUCAAACUAAUCUAGGGAAAAUAAAAUGGAUUGAAAUUGGUGAAGGACUAGCCUGCAGAACUACAAGUGGUGAUGUUGGGAGACUUCUCAAGGUUAUUGUUACUCCCAGGAUGGGGGAGCGGAGGGGAGAAGAUACAGAGGUGGUUUCAACAGUUUUGGUUUCUGCCGGCCCCGGAGAAUGUCCCUUUGAGCGGAGGCAUCAGUUUACCAAAGAUAUGGCUGCAGAAAACAGUUUCCGGGUCAUCUCCUACAAUAUCCUCGCCGAACUGUACGCUGACACGGAUCACGCCAGAACUUACCUGUUUCCUACUUGCCCCCCAUAUGCUGUUGAUAUGGACUACCGUAAACAGCUCCUCAUCAAAGAAAUAUUAGGUUACAAUGGUGAUCUGAUAUGCUUACAAGAAGUGGAUGAGAAGGUAUUCCAUCGAGACCUGAUACCAGCCCUGAAGAGUGAAGGUCUCGAGGGUUUUUAUGCUGCAAAAGGAGGACAAGUUACUGAAGGUGCUGCUGUGUUCUUCAGGCAAAGUAAGCUAAGAAUUUUAGAGACGACUCGCAUAGUUCUGAGUAAAGAGCUACAGAGCAACAUAUUGUUUGCCGGUAUAUGGGAGAGGGUGCAGACUAACCCAGACAUGGCUGAGAAAAUGUCACAGCGUAGCACUACUUUACAGGUGUGUGUGCUGGAGAGUGUGGAGAACCCCUUGAGGGUGAUUGUAGUUGGUGUCACCCAUCUCUACUUUCACCCAGAUGCUGAUCACAUUCGUCUUCUGCAGGCGGGCAUUUGCAUUCAGAUUUUAAAGCAAGUUAUGACUCUUUAUCAGACCAAGUAUCCUGAUAAGGACGUGGCAUUAAUCUUCUGUGGGGACUUCAACAGUACACCCGAGUUUGAGGUUUACCGUCUCAUGACAUCACAGUUUGUGGAUUUUGAUGACAUAGACUGGAGUAAAAAGGAGAGUGAACAUGUGACUGGUAUUAGCCUGAGUCAUGACCUGGAGCUGGAGAGUGCCUGUGGUUGUCCCCCAUAUACCAACUACACCACUGGCUUCUACGGCUGUUUAGAUUAUAUAUUUUAUCAAACCGACAAGUUUACGGUUAAGCAGGUCAUACCCAUGCCUACUCACGAGGAAGUGACAGAGCACAUCGCCUUACCCAGCAUCACUUUUCCCUCAGACCACAUUCCACUUAUCGCUGAUCUGGAAUUCAAAGUGACUUAACAGUUUCCAUUUAAGAGGAAUAAGUAAUAUGUAUUCUGUUUAUUUUGGGGGGUUUUCUGCACAGGAAACAAAAGUGAAAGGAAAGUGGUGUAAGUCGAUUUGUCGAUGAAAUAUAAAAGUAAUCCAAAACCUUAUGGCAUAAUCAUAGGGAAUUCUAAACACAAUUUUAUAUUGUAUAGUAAUAUAUAUUAGAGUGGUUAUAUUGUUCAACACAAGUAUGGUUUAGAGAGAGUUGUAUAUAUAUAUAUCUGUUGUCUCUUAUUUUACUCCCACAUGUGUACAAUAUGAUGGAUUCAUGGCAGCAUAAACCUUAAAAAGAAAGUGAUGUCAGGAGGGAAGUCUAGGUAGAGUGUUAACGUAAUACACAAAUAGGAACAAUACAAGCGCUUUAUUUCCUCACAUCUUCAACUUGCAUAUAAAGUACAUUGGAACCUGUACAGAAGUGAAUCGGAAAACUCUACACUGAUUCUAACACCACAUCGCAUUUCACUGUGUUUACCAAGUUGAUUCACCAGAUUUAUUGAGACUGUAACUACCUGUACAGUAUUACAUAUAAAAGAAAUCCCUCUGUAAUCAAUCCGUAAUCGUUCUUUUAACAUUAUUUAACACGAUGUCUCUUUAAGUCUCUAAUUUACCUUUUUUUCCACUGAGGUGUUAAUUCUGAAGUUCUUAUGCAUAUAGUAUGAGGGGAGGUUUUAGAAGCUGUCAAGAAUAAAAUUUUUAUUUGCUACUUACUGUCCCCCCUCCCCCUUGCUGGCCAUGGCAAUUGGUAGCCACAGCCUAUUGUCCUGGAUCAAACCAUGACUUCUUAUCUGUCAUUUUGUAAGCCAUUUGUCCCAGGCAACAUAUUUAUAGCUUACGCCUAGCUGGUGCCAAUAUAAGCGGGUUUUAUAGAUCAAGUCUUCAUUUUUCAAGGGUCCCACAUGAGGGAUUUUUCAAAGUUUUUAAAAUAAUGUUAAAUAUUUAUGUAUAUUUUACUGUUAAUGUAAUGCGUUAUCAGUCAUGACAUCUGUUAAAGGAAAAUGAAUAAUGUUAAAGAUUAUUAAAAUGUUGUAUUUAA